AUGGCGGCGGCGGCGGUGUGUAACAGGAGCUCGGAGUGCGAGUUCAUGAAGACCAUCGAGGACAACUUCUACGACACGCUCCAGAGCCGCCAGUUCCUCGGGCGCUACAUCGCGAUCGCCGUGAACGGGCGCAUCAAGCGGGCGCGGCGCGUGCGCGGGCCGCUCGGCAAGGAGCACUACUUCCUGCCCCGCAAUGUCGAGCUGGAGAAGGUGCGCCGGAUCAUCCAGCAGUACCAGCAGGCCCUGGGCCCCACGCCCUCCCAGCGCUGCGACGGCCAUAACGAGUACAACAUGACAGGCGUCAGCGGCAGCAGCCACGACACCCGAGGGCGCGGCUCCAGCGCCCCGCCUGCAGGCACGACCCGCCCC